GUGGUGGACUUUUCCAAAGUGCCGAUUUUGAGCACUGCCCCAGUUUCAACGCAAAAAGAUGGACCCCCGGAGCCAAAGAUACGUGUUAAACUUUUCGGAUGGAUCCCUGCCGAUCCAGGUGGAUUAUCCCGACCCCAGGAUAUUUAGAAACUGCUCAACUUAUGGUGAUCGGGUGCCGGGCUUGAGCUGGAAUGAGUUUUCCAUACAUCAUCUGGGACAACUCGAGUAUUUGGAGAAUCCAAAACAAGUGAUACUCGAAGCCAUCUUUGAUGUGAUUGACGGCGAGGAGUUCUAUCCGGUGGCCUAUGAGUGUGGUCCUCGCGCCGACAAAUUUGUGGCGCGUGCCUGCAAACCGGCGAUCGAUAAGCUGUUUGCCCAGAAGCUCUGCUUAAGGCUUUCCUCCGGCGCCACUGUAGAUAUAAGCGUGCAGUUUGGUGUGGCCGCCAAUAGAAGCAAGCAGAUCUCGCCUCCUCUGCUAAUUUCUCAGGAGGUUUCGCGCUUAAUGGAGCGUCUGGAAGUGCAUAGCGGCGUGCGUGGCGUUUUGAAUCUGAGCAACUUCGGGGCGAAUCCCUGUUUCAAGAACAUUGUGGUUAGUCUGGCAAAUGUGGCCACCUUAAAGCAUGUCUGCAACAGCAUCUAUCAUAACGAUGAGCACUUUAGCGCGGUGAAUGGGUUCAUUUUCGCGAACAAUCACAUGAAGAGCGUGGAUCCUCUGAAACUCUUUGGCGAUAUCGAAUAUGGACUGCUGGAUCUCAGUGAAAACAAGAUUGGUUCUUCGGUUCGUCUGUGCCGUGAAUUAAAGCGUGUUCGUGCAAAGGAACUGAAGCUGGCCAACAAUCCCAUCACCAAGGGGCCCAAAUAUCCCAACAACAUCAAGGCGCUGCAGGGAAACUUCAGUAUGGUGGAUGGCAUUCCCUACGACAAGCUCCACAAAACCUAUACGCCCCUGAAUUAUGAUAUUGAUUUGGAGUCGGAUGGCAUACGCAUUGACUGGACAAACAAAUCGAAGCUGGCUGAUUUUGAGCAUAGCGAAGAUUGGCAUGCCUUUCUGGUACCUGAUCCCAUGCACGCGCUAACUGAAACAUGUCUCUUUAGAUUAUUCUUUCUUACGGCGAACCAAUUUCUGAGCGAGAUCUAUCCCUGCUACUACAAGUUUGACGGAAAGGAACACAUUUUUCUAGUGCGCAACUGCUUCGAACAGAUUGCGUAUUUGGUGCACAGUUGUAAUCUGGAGAUACCAAUUCCCGUAACGGUAACAAACGUAGAAGAUCCAGAUGUGUGCAUGGGUCCUCGUACUAUUCCGUUCUAUCUGCGCAUGAAUGUCAGCCGCUUCAAGCUCCAUCAUGUGGAUCCCCAGGAGAGGAUUACCAAAUGCAUACAGAAGUGCUAUGUGGCCCAGAAUCAGCUGCUCAAAAUGUCAGACUUCCAGGCAAACGAGGGCCUCAAGGGCCUUUGGGUCCACAUGGGCUCGACGAGGAUUCUGAACAAUAUUCUGACAAUUAUCUCGCGUCAAUUCAUGUCAAACUGCUCAGAGAUCCGUCUGUGCAACAAUAAUAUUUUCAGGAUAGACGCCGCGCGCGUCCUGUCCCGAAUGGGGAGCCUGAGGGCCCUGGAUUUGGGCCACAAUUGGAUAAACGAUUUGGAGGACAUCAAGGCGUUAGGUGAGCUGCCGCUAAAGUCGCUUCGACUCCAUGGCAAUCCGCUGUGCCGAAAGUACGGCCUGCCCAAUGAUUAUAUCCAGGCAGUGAAGAAAAUCUUCCCCCAACUUACGACGCUGGAUGGGGUGGAUCUGAGCAGCAAGCCGGGCCAGGCGCCGCAGAAGAACUUCCUUUGCGACAUUGGGGCCUACGAGCUGGUGGGCGACGUAUUUCUCAGCAACUAUCUGCGCGAGUUCGAGCAGGCAGACAUGCGGGCCAACCGCCUGAUGAAAUAUUACACGGAAGACUCCAUAUUCACGAUGACCUGCAACUAUGUGAUGGGGCGCUCGCAAUCAUUCAACGCCCAGCUCUUUAAGCGCAUCUCAAAGUACACCAAGCAUUCGCGAGACAUCAAAAAGUGGUCGGACUAUACCAAAGCCACAAACGAAUUCCAUGUGGGAUUGAUGGAGAUCAUUGGCGUGCUCAUGGAGCUGCCGAGUAUCGUCCACGACUUUCUCUCCGUCCAGACGGAUGUGAUGCAUUACAAUGGCCAGUCGGCAGUUAUUCAUGUCACGGGUCUGAUGCGCGAUGACUCUCCGACCACCCAUAACCAGGCGGAGCUCUAUUUGGCCUUUACCAGGAACUUCGUACUCAAGGUUGAUAAGCAGGGACUGGGCUUUGGCAAGAAGGCUUGCCGAUGGAAGAUCUCUAAUGACCACCUGAGCAUCAUGAAUCCCUCGAGGAAACAGUUAGAAGGUGCGUUCAAGGUCUGCCCACUGCCAAAGGAUCGUCUAAUGGCGCCAGCCUCCGAGGACUCACUUGAUGCCAAGAGCCACAAGCUCAUUUUGUUCCAGCAGCUUACCGGCCUAACAUCUCCCUGGUGCACAAGAAUCGUGGAGUCGGCCGAAUGGGAUUUUGAACGGGCCACCAAAAUGUUUCUCGAAAUGAAGGAAAACAGAGAGAUUCCCGAAUUGGCCUUCAUCUAGGCAGAUGGCUGGCAGGCAGCAGAACUUAAUAUUUAACGGAAACCGAAUUUAACACCCACUGAGGAACCAAAGAAGAAAUCAAAGAUUAUCUACAACGAAUUUUUUCCUUCAAUCUACCUACCAAUGUUUUCGAACACAAAUAUUAAAAUUAUAAA